AUGGCUCCGGAAUCUAUAAGGGACAGUCUAUUUUCGAAUAAAUCUGAUGUUUGGUCUUUUGGAAUUGUCCUUUAUGAAAUUUUCUCAUUGGGUCAGACUCCGUAUGAUAGAAUCAAUGAAGAUCAUGUACUUGAGCAUAUAAAUAAUAACUCGAAACAUUUCACCAAUUUGAUGAGACCCCAAGAUGUUAAGAACUUGGUGACUACUGCAGAAAUGGAGAAAUUCAUUGGCUUAAUACCAAAAUGCUUGAAUGUAGAUCCAAAGAAAAGACCAACUUUUGCCGAAUUGAAGGCCAUGAUCCAGUAA